AUGACAUGGACUGUCUGCAGACUUCUCGAACUCAACAAGGAGGUUAUGCAAUUUGCAUCAGAAGCAGAGAGGCAAAGUGCUUCUGCAUGGGUGCAAAGGACUACUGGAGUAGAGGAAUGGGGAAAAGGCUGGCUUGUGGUUGAUGGUACUCAUGUACUGCUUGCAUGGAAGCCAGGGAUGAUGAGCCAGGAGCACUUUAGCUACAAGGGCUUUUACAGCAUGAAUGUCACCCUGGUCAUCCUACCUCAUUCUCUUUGCAUUGUGGAGUCAGUUGUUGGACAGCCUGGUAGUGUCCAAGACUCAAAGGUUUGGACUUCAGGCAGCAACAUCCUCAAGAAACCUCGAUUGUACUUGGACAAUGGUGAGUUUAUCUGGGUUGAUGGAGGGUAUGGUCACUCUGCCUUCAUGGUUGGACCUUUCUCACAUAUAGCUGCUGAGAAAAGCCAUGACCUGCAUUUCUUCAACCACUCUCUCUCUCAAGUCCAGGUCUGGGUUGAACAUGCCAUUGCCUACCUCAAGAAUCGAUUUCAGUGCCUGAAUGGGUACAGAGGGAACAUGUAUCAUGUCAAGGAUCAUAUGACAGCAGCAAGGACUAUCCAAGCAUGCAUUGUUGCCCAUACAUUUGCAAGCCAAUACAAUGGUCCAGACAUGGUUGCUGAACUCCUUUGCCCAUCCUUCUCCAAGGAAGUAGUCCAUGAUGUUGUUCAGACUCUCAGCACUGACCCAAGCCAGAGUGGGAAUAUGCAGAGUCAAUGGCAGACAAAUCAAGCUCAGUAUGAGGAGGAGAGCAUGGCAAGUAUGCAAAGCAUGACACAGCCUGCCUUGACACAACUUUGCAGCUCAUUGGCACAUGAUCUUUGA